GCUCUGUCUGCCAGAAUUGAUUUCCACAAUUGGGAAAAAUUAAUUAGUUUAUCAAGAAAACAACUUUGUUCAUAGAAGGGUUUAAGCCAAAAACCCUAAAACCAAAGCUUCAAAAAUGGAGUCUUCUUCUACAACUGCCAUAAAAAGGAAAGAACCUGAAGAACAAGUUGAAAACCAAAAUUCAUCUUCAAAAAGAGUCAAUUUGGUUAGAACUUGCGUACACGAAGUUGCAGUUCCAACAAAUUACACAUCAACAGUAAACUCAUCAAUUCACGGUACCCUUUCAAACCCAUCAUACAAUGGCGAAAUGGCGAAAAAAUACCCGUUUAAACUGGACCCAUUUCAAGAAGUAUCAGUUGCUUGUUUGGAAAGGAAAGAAUCAAUACUUGUAUCAGCACAUACAUCUGCUGGGAAAACUGCUGUUGCUGAGUAUGCAAUUGCGAUGUCUUUUAGAGAUAAACAAAGGGUUAUUUAUACGUCGCCGUUGAAGGCUUUAAGCAAUCAGAAGUAUAGAGAGUUGAGUCAUGAGUUUAGUGAUGUUGGUUUAAUGACUGGUGAUGUAACUCUUUCGCCAAAUGCCAGUUGUUUGGUUAUGACUACGGAGAUUUUGAGGGGUAUGCUUUAUAGGGGUUCCGAGGUACUAAAGGAAGUUGCUUGGGUUAUAUUUGAUGAGAUACAUUACAUGAAAGAUCGGGAGAGAGGGGUUGUUUGGGAAGAGAGUAUUAUAUUCUUACCACCAGCUAUUAAGAUGGUUUUUCUUUCGGCGACUAUGUCGAAUGCUACUGAGUUUGCUGAAUGGAUAUGCAAUAUUCAUAAACAGCCAUGUCAUGUGGUGUACACUGAUUUUCGGCCUACCCCUUUGCAGCAUUAUAUGUUCCCUGUGGGUGGUUCUGGAUUAUAUCUUGUGAUUGAUGAGAAUGAGCAGUUUAGGGAGGACAAUUUCUUGAAAAUGCAGGACAGUUUUUCCAAGCAGAAAGUGGGGGAGGGAAACAACAGUGGAAAUGCUAAGGUUAGAGGUAGAAUUGCUAAAGGUGGUUCUACUUCUGGUGGUGCGUCUGAUAUCUGCAAAAUUGUCAAGAUGAUCAUGGAACGGAAGUUUCAGCCAGUCAUUGUGUUCAGUUUUAGUAGAAGAGAAUGUGAACAACAUGCAAUGUCUAUGCCCAAGCUUGAUUUUAAUACUGAAGAGGAGAAGGACGUAGUGAAGGAGGUUUUCCGUAAUGCAGUGGAAUGCUUGAGUGAGGAAGAUAGAAACUUACCAGCUAUUGAAUUAAUGUUGCCCCUACUUCAGCGGGGGAUUGCAGUUCACCACUCUGGCCUGCUUCCUGUUAUCAAGGAACUUGUGGAACUUCUGUUCCAGGAAGGACUCAUAAAGGCUCUUUUUGCAACAGAGACAUUUGCCAUGGGGCUUAACAUGCCUGCGAAAACUGUUGUCUUUACCAGUGUAAAGAAAUGGGAUGGUGAUAGUCAUCGUUACAUUGGAUCUGGUGAGUAUAUACAGAUGAGUGGAAGAGCAGGACGUCGUGGCAAAGAUGACCGUGGUAUUUGUAUUAUCAUGAUUGACGAGAAGAUGGAGAUGAAUAGCAUCAAGGACAUGGUUUUGGGUAAACCAGCUCCAUUAGUCAGCACGUUUAGACUGAGUUACUAUACAAUUUUGAAUUUAUUGAGUCAUGCCCAAGGCCAAUUUACUGCCGAACAUGUUAUCAAAAACUCAUUCCACCAGUUCCAGUAUGAGAAGGCGUUACCUGACAUUGGAAAGAAGGUCUCUAAGCUGGAACAAGAAGCUGCAAAGCUUGAUGCAUCAGGGGAGGGUGAGGUUGCAGAAUAUCAUAAACUAAAGCUUGAGAUUGCACAACGUGAAAAAAAACUGAUGGCUGAAAUAACACGGCCUGAAAGGGUUCUCCAUUUUCUUCUUCCUGGUAGACUGGUCAAGGUAUGGGAAGGUGGAAAAGAUUGGGGUUGGGGUGUUGUAGUCAAUGUGGUAAAGAAACCUCCAGCUGCAUCAGGUUCCUUGCCUGCUGCUCUCUCUGCUUCACGUGGCGCGGGCUAUAUUGUGGAUACCCUACUUCAUUGCUCUCUUGGUUCUGGUGAAAAUGGUUCUCAACCCAAACCAUGUCCUCCUCGUCCAGGGGAGAAGGGAGAAAUGCAUGUGGUUCCUGUUCAAUUGCCCCUGAUUUCUUCCCUCAGUAAGCUUAGAAUAUCUGUUCCUACUGAUCUUCGGCCAUUGGAAGCAAGGCAAAGCAUCCUACUUGCUGUUCAGGAGCUUCAUAAACGUUUUCCUCAAGGCCUCCCGAAGCUUAACCCUGUAAAGGACAUGGGCUUUGAAGAUCCUGAAUUUGUUGAUAUAGUCAACCAGACUGAAGAACUAGAGAAAAAAUUGUUUGCUCACCCACUGCACAAGUCACAAGACGAACAUCAACUUAAGAGUUUCCAAAAGAAGGCCGAAGUGAACCAUGAAAUUCAACAGCUCAAGUCAAAAAUGCGCGAUUCACAGCUUCAAAAAUUUCGGGAUGAACUUAGAAACCGUUCUCAAGUGCUGAAGAAGCUGGGUCACAUAGAUUCUGAAGGUGUUGUGCAGUUGAAGGGACGAGCAGCCUGCUUGAUAGACACUGGGGACGAACUCCUCGUGACUGAAUUGAUGUUGAAUGGUACAUUCAAUGAUCUUGAUCAUCAUCAAACUGCGGCUCUGGCAAGUUGCUUUAUCCCAGGAGACAAAACAAAUGAACAAAUACAUUUAAGAGCUGAGCUAACUAGACCAUUACAACAGCUACAAGAUGCUGCAAGAAAAAUAGCAGAGAUUCAACGUGAAUGCAAGUUGGAGAUAAAUAUUGAAGAAUAUGUAGAGGCAUCAGUACGGCCAUUCUUGAUGGAUGUCAUUUACUGUUGGUCAAAGGGAGCAACUUUUGCGGAGGUUAUACAAAUGACUGAUAUCUUUGAAGGUAGCAUCAUUCGGCUGGUACGAAGGCUUGAUGAAUUUUUGAACCAGUUAAAAGGUGCUGCACAUGCUGCGGGAGAAGUGGAUUUGGAGAACAAAUUUGCUGCUGCCAGUGAGAGCCUUCGACGAGGAAUAAUGUUUGCAAAUUCUCUGUACCUCUAGGGGUGUGUGUACUUUGGAGCUCUCAAUUGCCUUAGAUCAAGUGAUGUGUAAAUUUUUCCCCAUUGAUAUGGGGAUUAGCCUAGUCGUAGUUUUUAUAGCUGAUGUGGCAUGAACUUGCUGUCUCAGUUUUGUAAUACACCACAAUUAUUAAGAAAUUUGAUGCUGCAAAGCAAAAUGUUUCACGUCGAAA